AACCCUGGCCAGAGCUAAGGAUCCCUGCAAACCUUUAUUAUCCCACUUGGUGCGGGUAAGGUGACGGCGAGCUGCGAGCAACUUGCAACUCACAGACUAUUCAGAGUGCAGCGGACUGGCACUGCACUGGCACUAGCACUGGCACUGGCACUGGCACUGGUGCCGGGACUGGCAAAGCGGCAGCAGGCACUGAGGCAUAUCUCCCAUGGUCCCAUCUGCUGCUGCUGCUGCUCUUUGCGGCCCGUCUAGCUGCCAGUUUACCCCCUCGGACAUACCUAUUCGAGCCAUCGUGGGGAUGAGGGGUCGGCCUCUCGGCUUGCCUGCUGCCCAAUUGCCCCUCGUGGGCCCCGUCGAGUUUUAUCAUAUCAGCAACAUCCACUACUCAUCUCAGCAGCUCUGCCCUGCCCCGGACACUGGACCCUCUCGCGCCACUCAAGUACAAACUACAAAAGCUACUUCCCACCAGAGCUUCAGCCCCAGCCCCCAGGCUUCGGGCCCCAGUCUAGCUCCCCCACCACCCAUGCCCACAAUUCCAACAACUUCUGCCCGCGUUCUGUCCCAUGGGCAUGGCGAGCCGGCACAACCAGCCAUUCUAAUCACGCACCUACUAUGUGGUUGUUGCCACCUGGCUUUUCCGAGAGGACACGUGACCGACCUCCCUACCUAACACGACUUGAUUGAUCCAGCCAUUUCGUAUUCAUCCAAUGAUCAAAAUGGUUUCCGCAUCCUUCUCCCUCGUAGCCUUUCAACAGACACAAAAGUAAACCUCAU